AUGGAAAAAUAUGGACAAAUGUAUAAGAAAUCUAUUAAUGAUCCUGCAAGUUAUUGGUCGGACAUGGCAAAGGAUUUUGUUUUUAAAUAUAGCGAACAAAGUGUUUUAAAAUUCAACUUUGACAUUUUGAAAGGACCUAUUUCAAUUAAAUUUAUGGAGGGCGCGCUGACAAACGUGUGCUACAAUAUUCUGGACAGGAAUAUUAAUAAAGGUCUUGGUCAUCACAUUGCCUAUUAUUGGGAGGGCAAUGAACCAAAUACUAGACGACAAAUAAAUUAUCAUAAUUUAUUGCGGGAAGUAUGUAAAUUUGCAAAUGUCCUCAAAUCACUGGGCAUUCAAAUGGGCGACACAAUCGUCAUAUAUAUGCCAAACUCUAUUGAAUUGGUGACCGCAAUGUUAGGCUGCGCUCGCAUAGGGGCCAUACAUACCGUUGUGUUUGCUGGAUUCUCGGCUGAAGCCUUAGCUGAUCGCAUAAGAGAUGCAAAUUGUGUCAUGCUCAUUACAUGUGACCGAGCAUACCGGGGCACUAAAUUUAUACCAUUAAAAGGUAUAGCAGAUUUAGCCAUAACUUUAUGUAAUAAAAGUGGACAUAGCAUUAAAGCUUGCAUUGUAAAACGGCACCUGGAAAUAAACUACCAGGAUGAAAUGAAUGACAAUUGUUCACAUUUACUAAUUAAAUGGGAUCGUAUGGUCGAUAUCUGGUGGCACGAGGCUAUGGAAAUGGCUGAUGAUUACUGCGCACCGGUAUGGCUGGACACUGAGCACCCGCUUUUCAUACUAUACACAAGUGGUAGCACUGGACAGCCAAAAGGUGUGGUCCACAGCACCGGUGGUUACAUGAUAUACACGGCCACGACAUUCAAGUAUGUCUUCAACCACACCGAUGGGGACGUCUUCUUCUGUACGGCCGAUUUGGGGUGGAUUACCGGACACACGGCUAGCGUUUACGGCGCACUGGCCAACGGCGCUACAGUCGUACUGCUCGAGGGGACGCCUUUCCACCCAAACCCCGACAGAUUGUGGCAAUUAAUAGACGACCUGCGGGUCAACACCUUUUAUACGGCGCCGACAGUCAUCCGAUCGCUCAUGAAAUUUGGCGACAAAUACUUGACACCUACUGGCAAACAGAAACAGCAAGGCGCACCAAUGCUAACUCCACUACCAGGUUGCACACCAAUUAAACCUGGAUCAGCUACUUUGCCUUUCUUUGGUGUAGUCCCAGCUAUAUUGAACAAGCAUGGUCAAGAGAUAAUAGGUCCUGGUACAGGCCAACUAGCAUUUAAGCAACCCUGGCCAUCUAUAGUCAGGACAUUAAUUGGUAAUCAUCAACGUUAUGAAAGGACAUAUUUUAGCAAGUUUCCUAAUUAUUUUCAAACUGGUGAUGUCGUCCGAAGGGAUACUGACGGCUAUUAUUGGAUAACCGGUCGAUGCGAUGAUACGCUCAAUGUUUCCGGACAUCUGUUAUCAACAGUCGAAGUCGAGUCGGCUAUCAGUGGACAUAAGGCCGUCGCAGAGGUGGCAGUGGUGUCGACACCCCAUCCCAUUAAAGGGGAAUGUCUUUACUGUUUCGUAGUCCUCAAAAAUGGACAUCAAUUUACUAACGAGUUAAUACAUGAACUCAAAAAUAAAGCUCGGGCUAAGAUCGGAGGGCUGGCAACCCCUGAUAUUUUUCACCCCGUUUCAAUGUUACCGAAAACUAGGUCCGGAAAAAUAAUGAGACGAAUUUUGGCAAAAGUUGCCCAGGGUGAUUCACAAUUAGGUGAUAUAUCAACAAUGGCUGACGAGAUCAUAAUUGAUGAACUUUUUGCAACAAGACAAUUUGCACUCUAA